CGGUGCCCGAUAGAUCGAUAUCUAUGUAUCGCGGAAGCAAUACUUGGAAUUAUGUGAGCUUAAGUAAGCUUAUCGGCCUAUAAAAGCAAAUCACUGCUCGCAUCGGGAUAACAGUAUCACCCUUACAUAAUGUUCGCAACAACGAUCGUAAUCGUUGCCCUGGUGUGUUUGGCCACUGCAUUUCCUUCCGAUGAGAGAACCCGGAUUGUAAACGGAGAAACGGCCGCUCCUGGUCAGUUUCCGUAUCAGGCCAUCCUGAAAAUUCAGCUUCCUCAGGGACGUGCGCUUUGCGGUGGAAGCUUGCUGAAUGAACGGUGGGUCCUGACGGCUGGACAUUGUACACAGGGAGCGACUUCGUUCGAGGUCACCCUUGGAGCAGUGGAUUUGGAUAAUGUAUCGGGAGAUGGUCGAAUUGUUCUGAACGCUACAGAGUACUACCGACACGAAAAGUACAACCCUUUGUUCGCUUCGAAUGAUGUCGCGGUGAUUAGACUUCCUGAACCAGUGCAGUUUAACGAUAGAGUACAACCCGUGAGCUUGCCUAGUGGAAGUGACAGCUACGCAGAUCGUAAGGUCAUCGUCAGCGGAUGGGGACUUCAGCAGAAUGGAGGAACCGUUGCCCAGAAGCUUCAAUUUGCACCGCUGAAGGUGAUCACGAACCUCAAAUGCAUGAAGACCUACAGUCCGUUGGUGAUCAAGAAGACAACUGUUUGUGCUCAGGGUGGUGAAAAACAGUCGCCAUGCAAUGGUGAUUCCGGUGGCCCAUUGGUCUUGGAAGGUGGCUUCGUCCAGGUAGGAGUGGUCAGCUUUGGACAUGGAACUGGAUGUGAACGAGGCUUGCCGGGUGCUUUUGCGAGAGUUACUUCCUUCGUCGAUUGGAUCAAACAGAAAACUGGAUUGUAAUGGUGGAAUUGUGACUAACUGAUGGGUAUUUUGUGGAAAAUAUGGCGAAUAAAUAUUUUAUGUUGCAAAAUUAAUGUGUUUUUGCUUCACACCGUUCAUUCGAUCCUAAGUAAGAUUCUGAGUGUGGUCCAAAAUUUAAGCUGCUUGGGAA